UCAUUGACUGGGACUUAGUAAACACAACGUGGCGCGGGUCCAACCCCAACCGGUUUCACAUUUUUGGGAUGGACCUCCUACCUCAUCAGCUACACCGCUCUCCACCCCUCUCCCGAUCGGCAUCCUCGCCGUCUUGCUUCUUUCAUUUUCGUAACCACACUCUCCUCUGCUACUCAUCCUCGCUCAGCAAGAUCGCAAGAUCGCUUACCGAGAUCCCUUCCUGAUAGUCGGUGCUAUCAUCAACCGCCUUCCACCCGCCAUGGAGGCACUUCCGCCUGAGCUGAUACAUGCCAUCAUUAGCCGGGCGCAUCCAACAGAACCUUACAAACUGCUAGCGCGGAUGGCGUGCGUAUCGAGGUCCUUUUCACGCAUGGCUCGAACGCUCCUAUGGCGCUGGUUCUGCCGCGAUUUUCUUGCGAAUCUUGUCGGCAUCUCUGCCGUCGGUGACAAGUCGGAGGGUGACGCCGUGUCUCGACGAGUCCAACGCAUCGACGGCACGCUUGAGGGAAUUGGGAACGAUGGCUUUAAGUUCCUCGGGAAGCUGUUCAGUUGGUGUCCGGGAUUACGAAGAUCGCUGAUGAAAUGCAGUUGUUAUCCCUGCUGGGAUGCAACAUGUAGCAGUUUGAGUAGAUGGAGGGAUAUACCAUGUGGCUCGGACGUGAUGCCGCAGUAUGUACCAGUUAAGGCGCUCGCGGAAGCUCCCAUUUCCAGGCCGCACAGAAAUAUCGCAGGAGGUUUCAAGCAUACGGUUGUCGUUCCGUGCGUUUCAGAAUCGCAAUUCUUCCUGCUCUGCUUCCGCCAUGAGGAUCUAAAGGUCGCUGGCAGGCCUACUGCUACUUUUCGCGGGUUUGUUCCCGACUCCCGCAACUCGAGGAUGUAUGAACGUCUUUUGGGACGCGCCUUUGAAAAGGAUUAGGUUUGCCCGUUCUGCACAUCUCAUGUUUGGGUUGUAAAUGGAUCCAUGUAUCUGCUCAAGAAAGGCUUUGUGUUCCCGGGAAUUGUGAAGGUCCCUGCUCGUGUUGAUUACGUUUGCACCAAGGGACAUGUCUAUGGACUGCUGCGAAUGUCUGAAAGCGACUCAAGAGACGAAUUCAGAGCUGAGAACGAACACCUCUAUGCCACUCGCCGCUCUCUCAUCAGCCCUGCUCCUCAUCCUGCUGCCCACUCUGCUCCACGCACUGCCGCCCUCUCUGCUCCACGCACUGCUGCCCUCUCUGCUCCACGCACUGCCGCCCUCUCUGCCCGUGCUUCCGCCCGCACCGCCGCCAUCCCUACUCCUCAAAGUGCCACCCCCCCUGCUGCUCAUUCCCUCGCCCGCCCUGCUGUGCACUCUGCCGCCCGCCCUGCUGCUCAGCCUGCUGCCCGCACUGCUGCGCACUCUGCUGCCCGCCACGCUGCUCACCCUGCCGCCCGCCCUGCUGCUCAUUCUGCCGCCGGCCCUGCUUCCCGCACUACCCUCCCUGCCACUCUUCCUGUUCCUCGUACUGGCGCCCCUCCUACUCGUCGUUCUCCGACCUCGCUGCUCCUGGUACUGCUGCCCUCCCUUCUCCUCGCACUGCCACUCGACCUGUUCCCCGUGCCGGCCGCCCUGCUGCUUACUCUGCCGCCCUCCCUGCUUCUGGGUCUGCCACUCCCGCCCCCCUCCGCACUGCUGCCGACGCUGCUCAUACUGCCGCUCACGCUCCCCGUGCGGCCGCCCAUGCUCCUAGUGCUGCUGUCCAAGCCCCUUCACGUGUUGCUGCCCCCAUCCCUACCCAUGGUGGAGUGGCUACAAACUCCAGCCAGUCUCGUCCUUCCUCUGCUGCUGGCGCCAGCACGAGCACCACUGCCGCUCGUGCUGGGCCCCAUUCAGUCAGUGUGCCUUCACGUGCUGCUGCCCACAUCCCUCCGCGUGGUGGUGCAGCUGCUCAGGCUCUUCCGAUAUCAGCAGCUGGCCAGCAUGCGAAUACCAAUCCCGCUCGUGCUCGACCCUCUUCAGUGGCGGGGCAGAGAGGCAAGCACUCACCCAAGGGCGAAAGCGGUGCGGCUCACAACUCCAACUGGAAUGCACCAACAGUCGAAGCUCCUUCAGUGUGUGCACCCUCUACCUCUUCUGCGUCGACUGUUGCUGCUGCUGCGACGUGUGCUGAGACACCUGCUCCUGCUGCGGCCACAUGUGCUGAGACGACGACUGAUGGGGAAGCUACACCAUGUGCUGCUGAGACGUCUGAUGGGGAUGCUGCCACUUGUGCUGAUGAGUCCAGUGCUGCUGCUGCCUCCUGUGCGGAGAUGCCUGUUGAUGUUGUUACUGUAUUGGUGAGGCUGAUGUGAGAGAUGCAUCUGGGGAGCACUCUCACAUGGGAUGCGUGUGAUGACAUGACUGAGGGAGGUGGGGCUAGUUGCUGAUGACGAUUUUGUCUCUUAUAUGGGCAUGCCAUUCAUUGCGUUCCUUGCAUCUUUUGUGGAGUACCAUACCAUGUGUGCAGCGUUAUUCCCUGUUGAUCAAUUUUGUUGGGCUGAGAAAAGCCCUUAGGAUCUUUUCAGAGACUAAGUCCCACUUGUACAAGAUGCU